UCAAGGAAGAACCAAAUGCUUCCAAAAUGUAGACCUGAUUUCAUGUGGUUGAAAGAUACCGGGAGGUGUGUUGAUUGUCCGUUGGGUUGCUAUGGACCAGAAUGUAUCUACAAGUGCCCUUAUCCAUCAUUUGGUCGUCGUUGUUUGGACGGAGUCUGUAACUGUUCACGAGAGAUCUGUAAUAUCUCUACAGCGUGUAUAUCAGUUGAGGCUAAAGAUUCUACAAUUUUGACCACGCAAUUAGGAAACUCUUUUCAACCCAGAGGUCAUAGUAAUAACAAGGACAGCACAAUUAAUGAGGAUUCUGGUAUUCUGCUUACUAACUUUCCAACCACUGAUUUUACCAAAGGCAGAAGAGAGGAGGUAAAACCCAACCUCAGGAACUCUGAUCGUAACAUAAAAUCCGAAGACGGUUUUUAUGAAAAGCCAAGGAAACACAGACAUACAAACUAUGUGUCAGUCAUUCUUAUUACGUUCUUCGGAACCUCGGUGUCAGUUCUGUUGAUUGUUGCCGUGGAAUACCAGAUUUGGUCCAAAAUGUACAGAAAUCGUGAACAAAAACCAAGACAUCUGUCCGUUACUUCUGACCCAGAGCAAAGAGGAAUAUACAAUGAAAUCAGCAAUGUAAAGAACUAGCCAACCAGUGUCUUAAGUACAUGUAUAAGAAUAGUCAAUAUAACGGAAGUAACUAAACUACAGAAGUAAAUAUUCUGUCACGAUGUAUUCUGAGGUAGUGAGCAGCACUUAAUGAUAUGUUAAAUAUAUUUAGGACCAUAGGAUACUAUUAUCAAUAUUAGUUUAAUAAAAGAUAAUUAUAAUU